AUGGACAAAUUUCUUAUAAAGAAACCAAGAACGGUGCAAGAGUCAACUCCUAUUGAAUCUUUUGAUGAUAGCAACACUCAAAACUCUUUGAAGAGAAGCCGUAUUGACUUGAAUAAUCUCCCCUCGGAUCCUGGGUUACGACCAAAAAUCUUGUCAUAUCAUCCUAAUGAUAGAGAUGAUAUAAGAAGAGCAUAUCUCCAAAAGGGGGGCCCAUGUCAACCUAUUCAACACAAUUUUCCGCAAAGAGAUAUUAGUGGAUUGCUGCGUUGUUUUAAUCUUGCUUGGUUCGAAGAGUACAAAAAUUGGUUAGAAUACAGUAUAGAGAAGGAUGCAGCAUUUUGUCUAUGUUGUUACCUUUUUGGUCUUGAUGGCAGUAAUCACAAAGGAGGCAAUGCUUUUGUUGUAGAGGGGUUUAGACUUUGGAAUAGGAAAGAAAAGUUGCGAGAGCAUGUAGGAGGCAUUAAUAGUACUCAUAACCGAGCUGUGAAGGGUUGUGAAGAUCUCAUGAAGCAACCCCAACAUAUUCAAAGUGUUUUUGAAAAGCACUCGACUCAAGAAAAACCUUUUCGUGGUCACGAUGAAUCCGAAGAUUCGAGUGAUAGAGGGAAUUUUCUUGAGCUUUUGCAAUCCUUGGCCGAUCAUAAUGAGGAUAUCAAGAAAGUUAUGUUGGAGAAUACUCCAAAAAAUCACAAACUAACCCACCAUGAUAUCCAAAAGGAUGUAGUGAAUGCGGCGGCGUGUGAGACUAGUAAUGCUAUCAUCAAGGAAAUGGGCGAAGCAUUUUUUUCAAUUUUAGUUGAUGAGUCUCGUGACAUCUCCAACGAAGAACAAAUGGCCCUUGUUUUGCGCUAUGUUAACAUGAAAGGCAUUGUUAUAGAGCAAUUCAUUGCAAUUGUACACGUUUCCAGUACAACUUCUUUAUCACUCAAAGAGGCAAUUGAAUCUUUAUUUGCUCGACAUGGAUUGAGUUUAUCAAGAGUACGUGGGCAAGGGUAUGACGGAGCAAGUAAUAUGCGAGGUGAGUUCAAUGGUCACAAAGCUUUAAUUUUAAGGGAGAAUGAAUCUGCAUUUUAUGUCCAUUGCUUUGCUCAUCAACUUCAGUUGACUCUUGUUGCUGUUGCUAAGAAGCAUGAAGAUGUUGCUGAUUUUUUUCUAGUAGUUGCUAAUAUAGUGACUGUUGUUGGAUGCCCUUGCAAAAGACAUGAUGCUCUUCAAAAUGCACAAGUUGCUAAUCUCCAAAAAGCAUCAGAUAAUGGUGAUCUUAAAAGUGGAAGAGGUCUCAAUCAAGUGACUACUCUUAAACGUGCUGGUGAUACACGCUGGGGUUCUUAUUAUAACACACUUCUUAACUUGAUUGUGAUGUUUAAGUCCGCAAUUGAGGUACUUGGUAUGAUUUCAGCAGAUGACCCAUCAACAGAUCACAAAGCUCAAGCUCGUUCUAUUAAGAAAUCAAUGCUAUCUUUCGAAUUUGCCUUUAGCCUACACUUGGUCAAAAAUGUCAUGGGAAUUACAAAUGAGUUGUCAAUAACAUUGCAAAAGAAGACGCAAGAUAUCGUAAAUGCUAUGGCACUUGUUGAAAUGUCUAAGUAA